AUGGGGUCAAGGGUCAGAUUCUCCCAGUGUCUCAACAAAUGUCUACAAGAUGUGUCAACCCUCAAAGAGAUCCUAAUUGAGAUCCAUGCAGAACUUUGCUAUGCAGAAUGUCUGAUGAUCAGGGCCAUGCUUACGUUUGUACAGGAUGAAAAUCUGAUUAGUUUUGUUAAAGGAGGACUCAAAAUUAGGGAGUGUUACAAAGUCUACAAAGAAUGCAAUAAAAUGCUGAAAUACAGGACAUUUAAAGAAGAGAAAAUACACUUUGAGAGUGGAGUAAGGAUGGGUGUUGGUGGGUUUAACUUGAUGAUUUCAUUGCUACCUGGUAAAGUACUUAAACUACUGGAGUUUGUUGGUUUCUCAGGCGAUAAAAAAGUUGGACUAAGUGAGCUACAGAAGGGUACAGAGGUGAUGUCAAGUCUACGAGGACCAUUGUGUUCUGUUGUCCUUAUAGGCUACCAUACUGUAGUCUGUUUUGUCUUAGGUUUAGCUGACGGAGACAUUGAUCUGGCAGAUGAACUUCUACAGAAUUGCCUAAAACGGUUUCCAAAGGGUGCUUUGUUUUUAUUUUUUGCCGGACGAAUUGCUGAAGUGAAGGGAAAUAUAGAUAAAGCAAUAUGCAAAUUUGAAGAGUCCAUAGAGUGCCAACAGGAGUGGAGGCAGUUCCAUCAUCUUUGUUUCUGGGAACUAAUGUGGUGUUACUGUUUUAAAUCUGAUUGGUUGAUGGCAAUGAAGUAUGCAGAGAAGUUAUGUAAGGAGAGUCGUUGGAGCAAGGCGACGUAUACAUACCUGAAAGCAUGUUUUCUACUGAUGUGUGAGGAUCGAUCACAGGACACACAGGAUCAUCUGCUCUAUUUAUUUGGAGAGGUACCGAAGCUGAAACAAAGAAUAGCGGGGAAAUCCAUCCCGUUAGAAAAGUUUGCUGUCCACAAAGCAAAAAGGUUCCAGGAGGAAGGGAACCGACUCCUACUGCCAGCCCUGGAAAUGGUGUACUUGCUGAAUGGUUUCAACAUCCUCAGUAAAAAUGAGCCUCUGCUUGAACCGUUCCUGUUGACCACGGAGAGAACAAUAAAUGAGGUUUUAGAGAACAGAGAUGCCCACCCCUGUUUUAUUGAUGACUACAGCCUCGCCCUCCUGUUGAAGGGUGUGUGCCUUAAACACCGGUCACAGUAUUUCCAGGCAAGACAAUGCUUCACAGAAAUUAUUGUAAACGAGAAAAGCAUUAAGAAGGACACCUUCCUAGUUCCCUAUGCAGUGGUUGAGUUGGCCAUACUGAGUCUUGCUGAGGAGAACUGGAAUGAGGUCAAGAUUCUUCUAGAGAAAGCAAAGAACAAGUACAAAGGCUACCUGUUGGAGUCACGGCUACACUUUCGUAUCCAUGCUGUCCGCCUGUCCUUAUCCAAUCAACAGAACAGUAACAAUAGCAAUGGAGGAGAAGAUGUAGAGGAUAUUGAAUCACCCCUGGGGUCACCACACCCAGGCACAUCAGAUCAGGAAGGCAGUUGGAACAGCUGGACUUCAGGACAAGAAAGUCUAGAUGCUGGACUGGCAGAAACCAACCACACAACACAUUUUUGAUGUUAGACAGUAGAAUUAGCAAAUGUGUGAAUGAGAGAAAAUGUACGGUAUGUCAUUUGAUAUGCACUGUAAAAAACUGAAUACAGAAACAUUUAACUUAUUACAUAUUUAUUAUCCCUUUGUUGUCCUGAAGAUGCUUAUCUUUCAGGUUGAUAAUAAAUUUUAGAUGGCUACCAUGGUCAUGAUUGGCAGCAGGUUUUUUCUAAUUGUUAAUUUUUGUAUGAAAAAAUAAGUAAAAAAUUGGAUUAGAUUGUAAGUGUGUGAAGAUUUGAUUUCAUGCAUUCCUUGUUAUAAAUUUUAAGGUAAAUGGAUCUGUUCAAAUUUUCACAAAUCCACUAUCUAUUGUCAUCUAAAGUUGUACAAGUGUAUUGAUCUUCUAAGUUCUGUCACAUGAAGUUUAUUAAAAUAUUAGAGUUUAAAUAUUUCAGUUAAUAUUUUAAUUUCUGCUAGCUGAGCCAAGAUAAUGUAAAUAUAAUUAUUUUGACACACUCAAAUUUUUGCAUAUUAUGAAAUUUUUAAAGAUUAGCGCAUUAAUGAAAUUGCACAUCAAGAAAAUGUGUAAUAGAGAACAAUAUACCAAAAACAUCCAUUGGCCCAUUUGUAAUUUAGUGCGUUAUUCAAAGUGUAAAUAUCUCUAAAAUAAAAGUAAAAAGCUGCUUAGGUAUGAACAUUUAUAGUACUUUAUUGAUCAUGUACGUUUUACUAUGUGGCAGGCUCAUUAACGUGAUUGCAAAAAAUGUAUCCAUGUUAAUAUCAUGACUAGUGAGAUUAAUCUUCACAUGAAAUUUUCUCUACCUUUAUUUAUUUUGUUGAAGUCUUUACGGGUCUUCUUUUUAUUUAUAUGGACAAAUUAUGAAAUAAUCAAAAGUCAGAGGUGUAUGCAUAACAUAGUAUAGAAAUUUAAACGAUGCAAUACAGAUCAUGUGAAAAUUAUAGCGAUGGCAAAUUUAUCACCAUGAGACUCACAAAAAUACCACUUUUGUAAACCCUCUGUUCCACUUGCCUGAGACAGUUUUAAAAGUUGUGAAAUGUUAUUUACCGUCCCAAAAGUAAACAGUAAUUCAAAUGUCAUAAACUGUAAGACUUCUGGAAGUGUUGCUGAUAAACUGAGGUGGACGAUCCAAUCACACGGUUUUAGUGAGGCCCUGAAGAUAGCUGCACUAAAUAUUGUGAAUAAGUAUUAAAUGUUAUAACUAAAUAUCAAGGGUAAUAAAGUUAGUCCAUAU